CAAUUUGUUGUGUAUGAUUGUGAAGUGGAGUUCCUUGUUUUUAUUUAUUAGAUUUCUAAGGAAAUAAGCUAAAAUUAAAACUAAUUUUGGCUAGAUUAUGUGAAAUCAUAGUGAUAUUAUUAAUGCUGAUAAUUUGAAAACAAUACAAUGUCGGACGACGAGGUAAUGCGAUUUGAAAUUACCGACUAUGAUUUGGAUAAUGAAUUUAAUCCAAAUAGAAACAGAAGAGCCAAGAAAGAACAUCAGAUAUAUGGUGUUUGGGCUAAAGACAGUGAUGAGGACGACAAUGAAGAUAAUAUCAGACAGAGAUCUCGUAAGCCCAAGGAUUUCAGUGCACCCAUCGGAUUUGUGGCUGGAGGAGUGCAACAGGCUGGAAAGAAGAAAGAAGAAUCUAAAGAGAUAGAAUCAUCAGAAGCGUCCACUUCAAGGCCAAAGUUUGCUGACAGCUCGGAUGAAGAAGAACAAAGCGCACCUGAUGCGAGUGAAACUGCAGGUAUACGGAGACAGGGGCAGGGCAUGCGGCCAGCGAACCUUGGAGGCAAUGUUGGCACUUGGGAGAAGCAUACUAAAGGUAUAGGAGCUAAGCUGUUGUUGAAGAUGGGUUACCAACCUGGUAUGGGGUUGGGUAAAGACCUACAGGGUAUCUCCGCUCCCGUAGAGGCUACAGUGAGAAGAGGAAGGGGAGCAAUUGGAGCUUAUGGACCUGAGAAAGCUGCGCAAAAAGCCAAAAAGGAAGAAGAGCUUCGUCGUCAGAAGGAGAAAGAAGAUGAAAAAGGUCCAAAGGAGAAGAAUUACAACUGGAAGAAGUCUCAUAAGGGACGCUACUUCUACCGGGACGCGGCUGAUGUUAUACAAGAGGGUAAACCUUCGAUGCAUACUGUUACCAGCAACGAGUUGUCCCGCGUGCCCGUGAUCGACAUGACGGGCAAGGAGAAGCGAGUGCUGAGCGGGUACCACGCGCUGCGCGCCGCCGCGCCGCGCUUCGAGCACGAGCCGCGCCGCCACUGUCGGCACUUCGCCGCGCCACAACUCGCGCACAACCUCAUGCUCGUCGUGGACUGCUGCGAACAGGACAUAAUUCAAAACGCUCGCGAGUUACAAGCGGCAGAAGACGAGAUAGUAGUUCUGGAGAGAGACCUGGAGGACUGCAACACUAAGCUCCAGGAACAGGACAAAGUCAUCAACAAGGUGCAAGGGAUACUGCAACGAGUCGAGAUGCUGAACCAACCUGAUGUCUCGUUAGAGAGGGCUCAUGAUGUAUUGGCUGACUUGAAGGAAACAUACCCAGUAGAAUACGACAUGUUUGGCCUGGGUACUAUAGCGGGUAACAUAGUGAGUCCACUACUGAGUUCCCUGCUGGCCCCCUGGGAGCCACUGCAGGCGCCGGACGAGCACAUCCCGACCUUCCUGAAGUGGAGGAAGUUACUCACCGAGGAGGCCUACAACAGUUUGCUCUGGCAACACUUUGUGCCGCAACUUACUACGGCUGCCGAAUCAUGGAACCCCCGCACCCCCACUCCAAUGCUCCGCGCGGUACAAGCGUGGCAGAACGCCAGCCCCGCCUGGGUGACACGCGCGUGUGUAUCACGCGUCGUGGUACCACGCCUGCUCGCCGCCGUGCGGGCGUGGGAUCCCACGCAUGACACUCAACCGCUGCACCAAUGGGUGCUGCCGUGGCAUGACUUGGCUGGCGAGGCCCUGGCCACGUCGGUGUACCCGCUGAUCCGGUCCCGGCUGGCGAGCGCGCUGGCGGGCUGGCACCCGGCGGACGGGUCUGCGCGCGGCCUGCUGCAGGCCUGGACGCGCGCCUGGGGGCCCGCCCUCACCAACAUGCUGCACCAGCACAUCGUGCCCAAGCUGGACCACUGCCUCACUCACGCACCGCUGGAACUUGUUGGGAGGGAGAACACGGCGUGGCUGUGGUGCGUGGAGUGGCUGGAGCUGCUGGGCGCGGCGGCGGUGGCGGCGGUGGCGGCGCGCGCGCUGCUGCCGCGCUGGCUGGCCGCGCUCGCCGCCUGGCUCAACACCAACCCGCCACACGCCACUGUACUCGCCUCCUACACUGACUUCAAGAAAAUGUUUCCAGAAGAAGUCUUGAAGGAACCAGCGGUGCGGGACGCGUUCAGAAAGGCUUUAGACAUGAUGAAUAGGAGCGCAGACAUCGACGCCGUGGAACCACCUCCUCCACCUCGGUUCACGAUGCCAGAACCCAAGGAAACUUCGAGAAUAGCCGACGUUAUUGCCUCAAGUGCUCCCGCAAAGAGUUUCUCAGAGUUAUUAGAAACAAGAUGUAUAGAAAAAGGGAUAACUUUCGUGCCUAUAGCUGGUAAAACUAGGGAAGGGAGACCUAUAUAUAAGAUUGGAGAGCUCCAGUGCUACGUCAUACGUAAUGUUAUCAUGUUUUCCGAUGAUAACGGGAGGAUCUUCAGCCCUAUCAGUAUGGAGAAACUAUUGAAUAUGGUUGAGUGAAAUAGAAAUAAAAUAAUUUUAUUUA